UUCAUAGAAUUCCAACAACUAAUUAUGGAUUUCUUUCACACCCAAAACCUCAAAUACCCAACCAAACGCAACAAACAAAGGCUAAACCAAGAACAAGUAAGCCUCCUAGAGAGAAGUUUCAUCUCUAACAACAAACUUGAGCCUGAGCGCAAACUUCAGCUUGCAAACCAACUCGGUGUACCGCCAAGACAGGUUGCUAUUUGGUACCAAAACAAGCGUGCCCGGUGGAAGACCCAAAACCUCGAGCUCGACUACAACGAGCUUCAACAAAAGCUAGAAAAUGCAUUGGUUGAAAAGAGGCGGGUCGAGAAGGAAGUGGAGCGGCUUAAAGGAGAGUUGGAGAAAGCUAAAGAAAUGGUUUGUUCUUUGAAGCAAACAGUCGACCCUCAGGUUUCUUCUAAUUCUAUUUCGUUUGAUCAUGAGGCAGCAAGGAGCUCUAGUUUGCAUGCGGCCGAUGUAAAUUGCUCUAUAUUGAAUAAUGGUGAGUUUUUGCCACUUAAUGAGGACUUCUAUGCUUGUUUCAUUGGUGUAAAUGGGUCAAGUUGGGAAUAAU